AUGUCGGUCGACGGUGAAUGCGGGGAGAACGGCGAGUGGUGGGUCUACCUCGUGUACCUCACAACCCUGGCGCCAUGGGGUAUCAUGCAAGUUCAUGACCCCAUCGACGAGGCGCGAAGGUCCAUCUACGAUGUCAGGAACCGCCUCCUGAUGGGAUCCUUCCUUACUCUGGGGUCGGCGAUCGUCGGCUUUACGUACGUAGGGUGGGCGGCCAAAGUCGGAAAUAACACGGAGUCAGCGACGAUGCUCGUCGGUGUCGCCCUCAACACUUGGCACUGGGUCAGGGUCAGCCGGGGAUGGUACUCUUACGUGCUGCUCACUUCCAUGCGUGACGUCUGGGAGAAAUUCUUCGACAACAUGACCGCCGUGGGAAGAUUCGAGAUCGUGGUCGGGCGAGUUCCGAGGAUGGAGGAUGUCGCGGUCAUCGAGAACGGGGGUCCAAGUACGCCGGUUGAAGGUGGCGCCCCCGCCAUCGAGCACCGUGGUUGGCACCCGUCUCUGGAGGAGAUGGAGGUGAACGACAGCGUCAUCGACAACGACAGCCAGGGUGGGGACAGGGCGCUGUUUGGGGGCAAUUACACGCUUGUGCGAGGCGUCAUACUCUGGCGUAUGGUGUGGCUGCAGGGUGUGGAGCGGCCGUCGCCUUCACCAGCAAGAAGCCUGGUCCGGUGAGAACCCGGCGUGCUCCGUCCCGGCUUUGUAGGGAUGCGAGGU